CGAGCGCCGCGCCGGGUGAUCCUCCACCGGUGGCGGCGCAGGCUCGCUGGCCAAGAUGAGUUUGGCCGGGGGCCGAGCCCCCCGGAAGACCGCGGGCAACCGGCUGUCUGGGCUCCUGGAGGCAGAGGAGGAGGAUGAGUUCUACCAGACGACUUACGGGGGCUUCACCGAGGAAUCAGGAGACGAUGAGUAUCAAGGAGACCAGUCAGACACAGAGGACGAGGUGGACUCUGAUUUUGACAUCGACGAAGGGGAUGAGCCAUCCAGUGAUGGAGAAGCAGAGGAGCCAAGGAGAAAACGCCGAAUAGUCACCAAAGCCUAUAAGGAACCGCUUAAGAGCUUGAGGCCCCGAAAGGUCAGCACCCCAGCUGGCAGCUCACAGAAGACCCGAGAGGAGAAGGCUCUGUUGCCACUGGAGCUACAGGAUGAUGGAUCUGAUAGUCGGAAGUCCAUGCGUCAGUCUACAGCCGAGCACACCCGGCAGACAUUUCUUCGAGUGCAGGAGAGGCAAGGCCAGUCACGGCGACGGAAGGGGCCCCACUGUGAACGGCCACUGACCCAGGAAGAGCUGCUUCGGGAGGCCAAGAUCACAGAGGAGCUCAACUUGCGUUCAUUGGAGACAUAUGAACGACUUGAGGCUGACAAGAAGAAGCAGGUUCACAAAAAACGGAAGUGCCCAGGCCCCAUAAUCACCUACCAUUCACUGACGGUGCCACUCAUUGGGGAACUAGGCCCCAAAGAAGAAAACGUGGAUGUAGAAGGACUCGACCCUCCACCCACAGCUUCUGCGCCAACGCCUCGUGCUGGGACCGGCCCUGUUGCUCCCCCUGCUCACUGCUCACGCACCUUCAUCACUUUCAGUGAUGAUGCAACCUUUGAGGAGUGGUUUCCUCAAGGGCGGCCACCCAAAAUCCCUGUUCGGGAGGUCUGUCCAGUGACCCACCGCCCAGCUCUGUACCGAGACCCUGUUACAGACAUACCCUAUGCCACCGCUCGAGCCUUCAAAAUCAUCCGGGAGGCUUACAAGAAGUAUAUCACUGCCCAUGGACUACCCCCCACGGCCUCAGCUCUGGGUCCUGGCCCACCACCUCCUGAGCCACCCCCAAGCUCAGGGUCCCGGGCUUUGCGCCAGAAAAUUGUCAUCAAAUGAGCAGAGAUGGAGUCCAUAGAGAACCCCUUUCUUGUCCAGACUUGGGACUCUUAAUGUUCCCUCUCCUUCCUGUUUAUCCCCUUUGUCAAUUCUGAUGUUUGCCCAGUCCAUUUCUGUUUUCCUUUCUUCAUCUUUUUCCCCUAGUUCCCACUGGUUUUGUGUUUUUCAAUCUAAUAAAAUUGAAAGAUCCCUCUUGUC